AUGAGAAGAACGUCGCUUCUAGCCUUCCUCGCGUCCGCCGCGCCGCGUGUGUUGGUGUCGUGGUCCUACCUCGUGAUGCGUCCACGUUUCGCGCACGCGUCCCCACUUCAAAUGUCAAGCAACGGGGGCCCUAGUUCAUCUCUCGCGUAUAAUUUCUCUACUUCUACGGUUGGAAGUGACGCUGCCGUCAGCAAGGAGCCGAUGGACAACGGUGUGUACGACUUCGCCGUCAUUGGCGGAGGUUGCGGUGGAUUGGCCGCCGCUAAGGAGGCUGCCAGCUUGGGAGCGAAGACGAUUCUAUUUGAUUAUGUGCGCCCUUCUCCGCGUGGCACAACUUGGGGUCUCGGCGGUACCUGUGUGAAUGUCGGCUGUAUCCCGAAGAAGUUGAUGCACUAUGCUGGCAUUUUGGGCCACUCGUCGCAUGAUCGUGAGGCGCUUGGUUGGGGCAACCAUGAGGGUCCGCACGAUUGGGGCCGUCUUGUUAACACCGUGCAGAACUACAUCAAGAUGCUCAACUUUUCCUACCGCUCGGGUCUCAUGUCGAAAAACGUCGAAUACGUCAACGCCAUGGCGAGCCUUGCCGAUAAAAACACGGUGACAUACACCGACAAGAAGGGGGAGAAGCAUCAGAUCAAGGCCAAGAAUGUGCUGAUCGCUAUCGGAGCGCGUCCCACCAUCCCCAGCGAUGUGAAGGGUGCAUGGGACUACUCAAUCACCUCUGACGAUUUAAUGAGCAGGAAGGAGCCCGUCGGCAAGACUCUUAUCGUGGGCGGUUCGUUCGUUGCUCUGGAGUGCGCCGGCUUCCUCACCUCGAUGGGUUACGACGUCACCGUCGCCGUCCGUUCUCUUAUACUUAGAGGCUUCGACCGCCAGUGUGCGGACAAGGUCCAGGAGCUUAUGUUGGCGACUGGCACCAAGUUCAAGAACGGAGUUGUGCCGCAAGCCAUCACCAAACUCGAGAAUGGGAGACUAUACAUCGAAUUCACCGAUGGCAGCUCUGACGAAUUUGACACGCUGAUGUACGCUACCGGCCGUUCUGUGUCCUCAAGGAUGCAAAAGGAGCUCAGCGACGUGGGCAUCAAAUUCAGCGAGUACGGCAAAAUCAUUGCCGAGGAUGGCAAGACCUCUGUGGAGGGCGUGUACGCCGUCGGUGACGUGGUGGAGGGCAACCCUGCUCUCGCACCGGUGGCCGUUAAGGACGGUGAACUGCUUGCCCGCAGGAUCUUCGGCAACUCAGACAAGAAGCUUGAUCUGAACUACAUUCCCAUGUGUGUCUUCACGCCGUACGAAUACGCGCGGUGUGGAAUUUCGGAGGAGACAGCCUCCAAAUUGUACGGGGAAGACUUUGAUGUCUACCUGAAGGAGUACACGACUCUGGAGUUUGCGGCUGUUCACCGCGAGAAGGUAGAGAGCUUGCGCGCUGACGAGUUCGACGUCGACAUGCCGCCUACUUGCCUGUCCAAAAUGAUCUGCAAGAAGGACGGUACCGUCGUCGGCUUGCACUUCGUCGGCCCUAACGCCGGCGAAAUAAUGCAGGGCCUCUGUAUGGCUGUGCGCAAGGGAAUCACCAAAGAGGAGAUUGACGACACCAUCGGUAUCCACCCGACUGACGCUGAGAGCUUCGUAAAUCUCACUGUCACGAAGAAAUCCGGCGAGUCAUGGGUGGCGAGCCAAGGGUGUGGCGGCGGCCGUUGUGGUUGA